AUGGCUACAAUAAGGAGUUCCCAGGCACACCUGUCCCCAAGCAAGGACUCCACACAGGGACAGAAAUCAGCCCUGCACAACAACGGCCCUGACUAUGAAGCUUCCCGCCAGCGCUUCCGGCAGUUCUGCUACCAGGAGGUAGCUGGUCCACAUGAAGCUUUUAGCAAACUCUGGGAACUCUGUUGUCAGUGGCUGAGGCCUAAGACACACUCAAAAGAGCAAAUCCUGGAGCUGCUGGUUUUGGAGCAGUUUCUGACCAUCUUGCCAGAAAAGAUCCAGAGCUGGGUGAGGGAGCAGUGUCCAGAAAAUGGUGAUGAAGCUGUGGCUCUGGUUGAGGAUGUACAGAGAGCACCUGGGCAGCAGGUCCCGGAAUCUGGGAAGGACUUGAAAAUGCCCAUCGAGGAGACGGCCUCCUUGGGAGCAGCCAGAGAAUCACUGAGAUCCCACCUGAAACAGGGGGUUCAUCCAGAAGAAUGGACUGUGAAGGGGUCACAGAGCUCACCCCAGAGACCGUGGGGACAGUCAGAAGCCUGGCUUACUCUGCAGGCUCCCAGGAACCUUCCUCAGAGGAGGGGUCUUGGAGACCAGGAGACAGGUGCUGUGCUCCACAUAGCUGGGGCCCAGGGACACGCGACGUGUGAGGACAGAGCCAUAUCCCUCUGUCAGGAAGGGCAGAUACACCUGGGCCCUGAACAGAGGGCCCUCUACAGGGAUGUUACACAGAAGAGGGAUCACCAUUGUCUCCUGGCAGCAAGUGUGCACUGGGGCUAUGAAGAGACCAAGACACUCCUGGAUUCUCAGUUUUAUGAAAAACUCCAGACCCAUCAGCAGAACAGCCAGAUCUCCAGGGCCUUGGUGGAACAACUCCAGGAGCAAAGCUUUCUGCAGACCCCAGAGCAGAAUCACGCCAAGUUCAAAAGCCUGCAGUCAAGUUCCCGCAACUUGAGGAGAGGCUAUGUGCCUGAGCCUUGUAUCUUUUACAAGGAAACUGAUACCCUUUCCAGCCCCUGGGCCUCUGCACCUACUAUGGCAAGCAGUACUGAUCCUGGCCAAGAGGGAAGUGAGGAUAGAGAGCUGAGUCAGCAGAAUGGGGGGCCCACAGAGGCUGGAGAAGGUACCACCGUGGAUGGUGAAGACUGGCAGGAAGAGGAUUUCAGGGAUCCUGGCCAGGAGGUUGGCCUGCCAGACCUGUUCCCAAACAGACGUGGUAUUGAGAUCAAGAGUGGAAUUACAAAAGAGAAUUGGAAAUGGGAUGAUACAGAGGAAGCAGAAAUGAGCAAGCCUUUUCAGAGAAAGUCCAGUGAAGUAUUCUGGCAUUCUGAGCUAAAAAGAGGCUGGGCGGGUGCUCCAGUGUCAAGAAGGCAACGAAGAUGUUCUCCAGGAGAGAGUGAUGAGAAACCCCCAUCCCAGAAGAGGAUGAGUCACCAGAGACUUUGUACUGGGGAAAAGGCCUGUACACAUUUCCUGUGUGGGAGAAACUGCUCUCAGAGUUCUCCCUUUCACCACCAGCCAGUCCCCAAAGUGGAAAAAGCUUCUAAAUGUCACGAAUGUGGGAAAAGCUUUAGCCGAAGUUCUUAUCUUGUUCGACACCAGAGAAUCCACACGGGAGAGAAGCCUCACAAGUGCAGUGAGUGUGGGAAAGGCUUCAGCGAGCGCUCCAACCUCACUGCCCACCUAAGAACUCACACAGGGGAGAGACCCUACCAGUGUGGGGAAUGUGGGAAAAGCUUCAACCAGAGCUCCAGCCUCAUUGUCCACCAGAGGACCCACACAGGGGAGAAGCCUUAUCAGUGCACUGUCUGUGCAAAGAGAUUCAACAACAGCUCCCAGUUCAGUGCUCACCGGCGAGUCCACACUGGGGAGAGCCCACACAAGUGUGGGCAGUGUGGGAAAAGCUUCAACAAUGGCUCCCACUUGAGUGCCCACCAGAAAACCCACAAGGGGAAGCCUUACCAGUGCUCUCAGUGUGAGAAAAUCUUCACUAAGAACCCUUCCCUCAUCCACCAUCUGGGGGUACACACAGAAGAGGUUCCCAUAUCCCAGGAAGGAAGGCAUGUGCUAUGA